AUGGACAAAAAAGACUGCGACAGAGUUACUUAUCUUGCAAUGUACAACGAGCACCUUGAACGAACUCGGUCAUUGAGUACCUGGAGGGCCUUACCUCUCCGUUUCCACAAUCUUGAUGCAUUCAUCAUUUUGUUCAAGAGCUUUGUCGACCCCACUACGGUUGAUGAGGAGACCUUGCCUCUCUGCAAGUACAGUAGCGCCUGGGAGUCUUUUUGUGGUGAACAUGCGUACACCCCUACCGGCCGUAUAAAAGCGGCCUUGGUGCAACACGACAGUAAUGACUUAGAGAAAAGGAUAAGAGCAUAUCUCCAGCCUCCUGUCCAUGUGUGCGAGAGGGAAAAAACGCAAAAGGGUCAUUCGCGUCAGACACAUUUCCUUGGUGGGAAGAUUAUGCGUAGAGAUCCAAUGCACUCCCAUGGUUGGGCCAUGGAGAAAGCCCAUUACUACAGCAAAAAUCUACAUAAAGCUGCAAACGGCAGUCGAUGGGUUUGGAGGUGUCCGGAAAUAGCAGUUUUGGGAUUUUGCGAGCAUGGACUGGAGUUUGAGGAAGCGCCUGGACUUGCAUACAAGGGCAAAUUCUUUCGUCACUUUGACGACCAAAAUAAGAGAGUCAAGAAGUUCUACAUACCAGGAACUGUGACUGGAACAGUGAAGAGCCAGAAAGCAGCGGAGGAAAUAGCGAGAAUAGAGGCGAGAAGUAAGGCAAAAAUAAAGGCGAGAAAAAAGGCAGAAAGAGACGCCGAAAAGAAGCGUGGCUGGCGUUAA